AUGACGGAAGAUUCCAAACCCUCAUCCUGGAACAUUUUGCAAUUGAAAGCGUUCAAUACUAAUGGCAUCGUAUAUGAUAAUACGCCAUGGCGGCCUGGAAGAGGAAUGGAUUCAGUAGAAAAACAAUCUGAAGAUGAUGAAAGGAGAUUAAAGAACCUCGCUACAAGGAUUAUGUCUAAUGGUGUGGAAGUCUUGGUAAAGGAUAAAAAUUCUGAUGGAAAACAUGAACAGACCAAGUAUAUGGAAGUGAAAACUAUUCAGCCGUCUGCAGCAACCAACAUGUAUAUGAGUAGUUAUCCUAAGAUUGAUAAACGUAUUGAUAGUGAUGAAAAUGACAAUUUUGAAUUAAUACAGCCAUCUGAAGUUAGUAAGGUUCCUUGUACUAGCUCAUGUUCCUGUAGUAAUAUAAAAACUGAAAGUUUGAAAACAAAAUAUACAGAGUCUGCUUCUUUGAGUAAAUAUGGAAUGAAAAGUACGAAAUAUGGGGACAUAGAUUUAAAGCCAACUAACAAAGAGUCUCCUGAAAAAAAAACUCAGUAUGAACCUUACGAAUUCGAAUCUAACUCAAAUGCAGCACCAACUGAUAAAGUUGUGGAAAAAUAUACUGAAGUUAUAAAUGAUUAUUCUGAUGAAAAAGAAUCUAAUUCGGUAGAACAAAGUGAGUUAUUAACAAAUGAACAAGCGCCAGUUACCCAAAAAACAAAUAAAGUAAAUACCAAAGUUCCCGAGAAGUCAAAACCAGAAAAAACCCAGAAACCAAAUAAAAAUAAAUUUGUUGUUGCCGAUCUUUUAAAAUUAGGAAGUUUAGGGAUUAAAGGACUUACGCAAUUGGCUCCAGUUCUUGAGAAAAUGACCGGAGGUUUCAUUAGGCGUCACGAGAAUGUCAAUAAAACUACAACUACGACAAUCAAACCUGCUGAAAAGAUAAUAGCUUACAAUGCAAAUAAAAGAGUAGACAACGACAUGGACGGAAAAAAAUAUAAUUUUCCCAUUUAUAUUCCCGUUGAUGAAAUGGAGACAUCCGAAUCUCAACUUACUUUUACAAAUGCUACAUUACAUCAGAAUUUAGCAUGGGCAGCUGAACACAAGCACCCUAAAGCCCAUAUUGUACUUCCAAAAGUUGUACACGAAAGUCCACUAGUAAAUGGUGGUAUACCUAUUAGUCCGGGGGAAAUUAUCACAGCAAACUCCGAUGUGAUUGUAGGUAAACCAGCAGUCGGUGGACCUCUUACGUUAGCUGCUAGUGGAAUUAAACUACAAAACUCUGUAAAUCCACCUCCUCUUGAUAGUUUAAUAGCAGCAAAUGAGCAGUAUUUUGUAAAUGAAGAGCCACUCAGCGAUCAACCAUUAAUAUCCACUAAAGUAGAUGAUUCCUUUGAUUUGAGACCACCUGAACCUCCCAAAUCUAAGAAUAAGCUUAACAGACCAACGUAUAGACCUGGAUCCUCAUUCUACAAGCAAAAUAUACCACCAAAUGACCAGUACCCUUAUCGGAUGCCAUCAACUAAACAUGACCAUUUAAUGAAGACCGAACAAAUUACACCAACUGGAACAACUUUGGGUAACCAUGGCCGCCCAGUAUUUUUAGACUAUAUACCUUCAUUAGUUAAACCAAGUAAUAUACAGGCUGAACAUUAUAUUGAUCUGAACAAUUUUACGGGACCUAGUCCGGAGAUAGAGGUUGCUGACAGUAAUCCUAGUUCUUCUGAAAUAGUACAUUCACAAAUAAGAGCUGAUGAUGAUAAGGCAAAUUUAGGGCAUAACGAAUCGAGUAAGCCGUUUUUGGUUGAUAUUCAGCCCUCAAGAGUAGCAAAUGUUUUGAUUCCUCAUGGUAGUAGUACAGCUUUAGUAUUUGCUGGAUCGUCGGAGCCCCAUAAAACUGGUGAUUACAUAGAUGAUCCAUUACCAUAUCCCGAGCCAGGCUAUUUCGGUAGUUUCAGCAUAGACGCACCACAGAUGACAAAUGUACAUAACGUUGCUCCUAGUAGUAAUAAACAUUUUAUCGGACAAUCUAAUCUAGAAAAUUUCAAGGAGCAAUCGCUUAGAAAUGAUCUCAAAAUUAAAUGGAAAGAAAUGAAACGACCUUUAGACUUUGGUAACAUCCCCCCUCCGACCAGUAACCAAGAAACACAUGUACAAGUAGGACCACAAAUAACUGUGUAUGAUCCAGAAGUAUACAGCCCUACAAAUAGCGACUUUCAAAAGUUUAACCAAGUUAGAGGAAAAGAUAAAACUAACGAUGGAAAGGAUAUUAUUGAUAAGGAUUAUGAAAAUUAUCUAGCUGUACCCCCACCGCCACAACCGUCUUCACAACAUUACAAUAAAGAUAUUUAUGACAAAAGUAAACCAUAUAGUCAAAGGCCGAUUGUUCACACAAAACCUGUACAAGAUAUGAAAGUGUUUUUGAAUAUACAGCAUCCAGUGCCUGAUCAACUGCCACCCAAAGUUACCUCUGAAAUCUAUUUUGCAUCUCAGAUACCAAAUAACAAACCCACACCUACCUACACUAUUCGUAUUCCUCCGUCGUCUUUUACUAAUUUUAAUCACCAAUCUCAACAUAAUUUGCAACCACCGAAGACGAUGAAAGGAGUCCAACAUUUUGGAAAUGAUCAAAACUUUCAGAACAAUAAUGCCAUGCAUAACUCCCUUAAUUUUAUAUCAUCUGCAAACAUCGCCAAUCAAUCACCCACACCUCAGAACAGUGAUGACAAAAAUACUUACACGGUAACUUUAAAUACAGCUACGAAUGUUGCUAGUAACAAUGAAGCAGCACAAGUUAUUGGAUCUAGUGUACCAGUUGCAGUUGGAGCAUUGACUAAUAGUGAUCAACUUAAUACAGAUAUCCCUAUUAAAACAAAUUUUGCUAUCAAAGUUGAAGAUAAUACGGCUCCGUUAGAAAGCUAUAACCUGCAGCAGGAAAAAGUCAGAAAUCCUUAUAUAGUCCACAGUCAACAUGAUCAAAUGGCACAUAACAAUUCUAUUACACAGAUUUCAGUAGGAGAUAAUCGGUGGAACAAAAGUUCAACAGAUACAAUAAAAACCACAAUUAGUGGUAGCAAUUACUAUAACCAAAAUUAUGGUGAUAAAGUGAAUAAAAACAGUGUAUCACCUUCAAUAAAUAGCCAUGCAAAUUUCCCUAUGAUUAAUGGUGAUACGACACCUUCAAGUGCAAAUGAGGACGUUAAGCUCGUCACAAAUUAUGCAGAUAACAUUAAAUCAGCAGACGUGAAGAGAACAAAACUAAUACCAAAUAUUCCUACGAAUUCACAUGGGUGGUACUCUAGUGUUUUCACUGGAAAUAACGUAAACAACAUAAAUCUAGAAGUAACAACUAGAAAAGUAAUACCUUUAAUUCGUGAUUAUCAUGAUAAAAAUAAAAAUCCUCAUUUCGGACAAAAAAUUGCUAGCGUUGGUAAACCUCCAACAGAGUUUUUGUCGCAAAACGCUGAAUCAGUUUAUAAUUUUCCCAUUGGUAAACCUUUUACAAAACCACAAACAACGGAAAAAUCGAUCCCAACCUCGCCACCGUUUACCACUAAGCCAUUUCAUAUUAAUUAUAUACCUUCUAAUUUCGAUGGUGUGAAGCAACCUGCUUAUGAUAUACCGAUCCAUGAUAACAGUGAUGAAAUGACAACAAUGAAAACUAAACUUCCUUUAGAAAAAGAAAAACCAGUGUAUGAAAAUUCAGAAGAAAUUUAUGAUGGAGAAGAUGAAACUGAACAUUUAGGUGAUUCAGAUGGAGAAAUUAGCUCUGAAUCUAUGAAAGUUCCUGUUGUCAGUUCUUCAAAAGAAAUCGACAAUAUUUCUAUGCCAUUGACAGAAAUAACUUUAUUGCAAGAUGAAGUUUUUUCUUCUCAAAGCAUUCAAAAAGAUAAAAAUGACAACAAAAUGCUAGUAAACUUUAAUCCUGGAACUCAAACUGAAAAACCUUUUGGAUCUUACAACCAGAGUACGUUCCAGUCAAAUACUGUAAAGCCCAUUUAUGAUCAUCCUAAUAAUAACGUAUACAUGAAACCUCGCCCAUUCGCCAUAAAUACGGCAAUGGUACUUGAUCAUCAACUGCAACAACCACAUUGGCAAAUCAAUCAUAUGGUUGAAAAUUCCACCAAUGUAUCAUAUGAAGACACGAUGGAUUUAAAUAUCGGAGAAAAAAUAGAAAGGCAAAGUGAUAAAACUUCAACGUUAAAGCCUGUUUAUUCUGCGGAAUCAGAAACUAAGUAUAAAAGAAACCGAAGACCAAAUUUAGGAACUCGAUUAAACAGUACUCACUUACAUAACGAAUCCAUUAUUACAUCCACCGUUCAAAUACAAAAUAAGAAACCACUGGUUGUUGAAAAGGUUACAGAGAAGACAACUUUGCCGACAUUUACAUUACCAAAUCUAGAAUUGAAUCGAUCCUCAAGUGAGAUUAUUGACUUAUCACCACCUCCACCAACGAUGAACUAUAGUUUCAAACCUUCUACGAACGAUGAGAUGAUUAUGGGUAUGAGUCCACCUCCACCGAGAACUCCACCUGGUAUAAGAAUUCCCACAAGAAUACCCUUAACACCUCGACCAGGUUCUCCAUCACGCACCCCACCUUCUUAUUGGACCAAGUCUCCAAGGCCUAUUCCUUCAAGAAUGACAACACAGAGGCCUUUAAGAAAACCUGGUAAUAGAGAUGAAAUUUCUACCUAUAGGCCAUAUUUUGACCUCAACGGUAUUAGAAGACCGACUUUCAACCGUGAUCAGCCUUCAUCACAAUUACUGCCUCCUCCUAGAGAGGUAUCUACAAGAGUCGUUAAUCCAAUGAAUGAAUUGCCAUCUUCCACCAUUAGUGUGCCUAAUGUGGUUUUCCCUACGCCAGUUUCAUCUGGAUGGCUGACAUCAUCUGGCAUUGAAUUUUCAUCUAGUUUUAAUUUUGCUCCUACACCUAUACAAUUUCCUGAAAAUUCAGAGCCAUCUAAAAUAACAGAUUCUAAAGAAGAAACUUCUUUAGAAAGCAAUUAUUCGUAUGAAUCGUCAUUUGAGCAUAGUGAUGAAUCUAGCUCGGAGACAUCUGUAACCGAUCAGGUUAAUAUUUCAAGCGAAUCAAGCCCAGAAUCAAUUAGUACUUCUCUCAAUACAGCCAAUAUUUCAACUAUUCCGGAUGAUAAAAAUAAUUUGCGAGAUUCCAGUCAUAAAUGGUCAAGCAAAGAAGAAGUCACCACUGAUAAAAUUAAAGUAGUUCCUCUGGCAAAUAAGAACCGAAACCGCAAACCUUACCCUACUGAAAGAGACGAAAAGAGAAAUAGUACUAAUAAAGUCCAAUCAUCUACAAAGACUGCACUAACUAUAAAGCCUACUAAAACCUUGUCUCGUCCGGAUAUUUUAUACCCUACAAGAACGGUCUCAAUUAAGAAAAUCAUUCGACCAAUUUCGAGGCCUCCAGCAAUUAUUGCUCCAAGUGUUAUUGAAAGCUCUGAGCAAGCGCUUGAUGAGAAAUUGAUGAAGCCUACAGAAGUGCUCAAAGACACUGUCAUAUCAUCGAUAACACAAGUAGAAAUCACUAGACUGGAAGAACCAAAAUUAUCAAACUUACCAACUCCUAUAAUUGAGGAUGUAACUACCAUAAAGCCUACACAUCAUGCCGGCAAUGAAAUUAAAAUUUCAGAUGAAAUUAUUCCUACUAAAACAGAAUUCAGAACGGCUAUAGUCACUCUUACUAAAACAUUGUCUGAGCCACCAAGAACAGUUUCUAGUGUCGGUUACGUAAACUUAACACACACUCUAACUAUCACACAUACAAAGACAAGCUUAGUCAGUCAAUCCGAAGGAGCUUUUACUCAAACUCUAGUAUUGACGAAUACACACACAUCCACAAUAGUAGAUGUUGUGACUAAAGUUCACACUCAAGUGCAACCUACUACAAUAAUAGAAACUGUUACUAAACAUAUACCUGUCCCACAAGUGCAACCAACAUCAGUUCAAGCAAUUGUGCCUAAGACUAAAAUUCAACUUGAUGAUAUAUCUAUGUCUUCUGAAGAGAAUGAAAAUCUUAUAAUCAGGGAUUCAGAUACUACUGAUAAUAUAAUACAAAAGAUUGAGAAUGAGAGUGACAAUGACACUGAUAAUGACACAUUUUUUGUUGUGCUGAACAAAUCGCAAAACGGUGGACAAUCUCCGGCAGUAAAUGCUGAUCUAGAAACUAGUGAUUACGAUGUGACCAGAAAUGAACAAGUAAAUAGUAACGGAGUAUCACAAGUGUUAUUUGGUGAAAUAUUGCUGGCGGGAACACCUUAUUUGGAGACUACUAAUGUUAAUCCUAUUGGUGGUUACGGCAAGGAAUGUCAACCCGAUUGCAAGGCGUCCAGGAAUGAGCGUUGCCAGAGAAUCGAUGGUCUAAUGAAGUGUAUCUGUAGACCUGGAUUUGCCAGAAUGUUCCCUGAUAGACCUUGUAAACCUACCUACACUUACUCCGUCAAGUUAGCCUUAGGCUCCCAAGGUAAUAAACGUCUGGAAUACCAUGAGUAUCUAUCAGAUAAUUCAAGCAAGCUAUAUCACGCUCUUGCUUUGGCGACCCACGAAGGCAUCAACAGGAUGGUAAUGCAAUCGGACUUAAGAGAUGUAUAUCAUGGUGUGCACAUAACAGGUUUCCAUCCAGUUGAGCUAAAGAGUCCAAGUGGAGAGCUCUAUCAGGGUGUUAUGAAUGAUUUCUACGUACAGCUCUCAGACAAUGCACACGAAAGCAGAUUGAAAGAGGUGAUUGAGAAGUAUUUGCGGCACAACAAUUACAGUUUAGGCGGCACUGAUGUUCACGCUGCAAGGGAACUGAUGGAUAAGCUGAAUGUAAGCGAUUUCGACGAAUGUCUGAGCGGCCAAUUCCAUGACUGUUCUGAACAUGCUCAGUGCUUCAAUUUACGCGGCACUUACACUUGCAGCUGCCUGGAAGGUUUUGCUGACCUCAGCGUAAACACUCUUUACCCUGGCAGGAUUUGUUCAGCUGAACCUGUUGGCUGCGAGCGGUGCAAUUAUCACGGCGCGUGCUACUCUCGGGAUGAUAGAAGAAUCUUGUGUGAAUGUUUCCAGUGGUAUUCUGGUAGUUCCUGUCAAAUUAACUUGAAGGUUGUACUGAUAUCCCUGGUAGUGUGCGGUGCAUUAUUGUCUGCCGUGUUGGCUGUAUGCGCAGUGUUGGCGUGUUCUCGACGUACUCGAAGACCACCACACCCACAAAGAUCAAUUGUAGCAUGUAUACAAAGCAUGCCUAGUUUGCACCAGGGAGCUAUGCCAAAGCAACGCGCUGAUCGUCGAGCUUUAAUCAGCGAGCGAGGUGAAACUGGAGACGCUUCUAGUUUACAUAAUGCAUCGCUCCCUUAUAUGCCAGCUAAACAGCACAGAUCAUCUACUAGCAAGAAAUGUGUAAUUUCGGACCCUCCUGCUCAUGACCCACCUCCGCCUCCACCAGGUCCAGCCGUUAUGAUCCCAAGAGCCAGGUUACAUGCACAUCACGGAGAUAGUCGAGAAAACAUCUCAAGAAAGAGAAGCUUGGAGCUCAGUAGUGAAGCAAAGUUGAUUAGCUACUUAGAGUCUGGUGCUGUAAAUAAUAACGAUGAGAUGAGAAGAAAACACAGUUUGGAAUCUUCAUACAGUGCUAACAAAGACAGACAUAAUAAACAAGGAGCGCUGGUAUCAGCUGGAUUCAAAGUAUCUACAACAAUAAGACCAGACGAGACUGUAAUGAAAUCGGAGCGAGAUGAUCUAUCUUCGGUCAACAAAGGAGAUUUAGAAGCGGAACUGUCUCAUUUUGAUACGCUAAGGAAGACUUAUAGCCAAGAAGACUUAUCAGAAUGGACAGACGCUGAACGAAGACUCGGAGAACUAACUCUAUCAGAAGCUAGAUCAGUUGGUGGAACAUUACCAGCCAGUACUGGGAGAGCUGCUUCGUCAACGCGUCUUACACACCAGGAGGCCAACACGAUGGCUGAGCGUGACCUCGGUUCCACCUUCCUACUGCCCCACGUGCACCUCUACAAACCGGACCUUACUAGUGAUGUGUCAGAGUUCGACUCCCUGUGA